GUCUGAAGACAUCGUGGCAUCUUCACCCAGACGGCGCGAGGGACCUGAGAAGAUACUCGGCAGCGCUCCUGUCAGCUCCAGUGGCGAUGAUGAAGGAGAAGAACCGGGGCCGCCGGACCUUCCAAGGAGAGGACCGGCAACCAAAAAGUGUUAAGGAGGAGGUGGGUUUGGAGAUGCGUCCGAAGAAGCAGGAACCGCCUCCCAACAGCUUGCCUGGAAAAGGCAGAGAAAAUGGACUUCGUCAGGCGGAACGUGGGCAGAACCGCCUAGAACCCCAGCAGCCCGAGCCUGGAACAGCCAAUGGCGAGGAGCUGCCGGUGGACCCUCGCGGGGGUGCCGGCUCCGGCGCACUGGCCUUUGGGACCUGCAGGCCCCAGCUGGGAGAGCUGCCGCAUUGGUGCCUGGAGUGUGGGAAGAACUUUGGCCAGAAGGCCGAGCUGGAGAAGCACCAGCUGAACCACGCCGGUCCCUGUUCAUACAUCUGCAGGGACUGUGGCAGGAGCUUCGUGGAGCACGUGGCCUUCGCCACGCGCCAGGGAGGCUGCACAGCGGCGGGGAGUUCCUUCAGCCCCGCCGGGUGCCGGAGGAGGACGUUGCCUCUGUCGAGCGAGACCGUCGUGCAGAGGAAGGAGCGGAAGGAGCUGUCCCUGCAGGAGAAGGUCCGGGUGCUGGAGAUGUUGGAAGGGCCCAAGGUGUCCCAGAGCGAGCUCGCCAAACGCUUUGGCGUCUCCCAGCCCCAGAUCUGCCGCAUCAUCAAGAACAAAGAGCGCAUCCUCGCGGAGUGGUGCAAGAACGCCAACCCGGGGCGCAAGCGCAAGUUGGAGGAGAAGGCCGCGGCCGGCGACGCGGCCCUGUUGCAGUGGUUUGAGCGCAGCUAUGCAUCCAGCGCCCCCGCCAAUGGGAUGCAUCUCCCAGACACGGCCCAGCGUCUGUCCGAGACCUUAGGGAAGCCGGAGUUGGAAGCCAGCAUGGGUUGGCUGAGCGGCUUCAGCGCGCGGCACAAAGUCGCCCUUGAAAGGCCUCUUGCUGAGAAACGGAACGGCGAGCCGCCGGAGGUGGCGUGCUGGGAGAACACAGUCCUGCCCUACGUCCUCAGCAAGUACGAUCCUCCUGACGUCUACGCUUGUGGCGAGGCGGCCAUCUUAUUUAGAGCGACUCCAGAAGAUCCGGCUUUGGAGAAGAGAGAGGAAGGCCGGGACCAGCUCACCGUCCUGCUCUGCGUCAAUAUGGACGCUUCAGACCAACGGGACGCCCUGAUUGUGGGCAAGACCCCGCGGCCCUUUGGCUUCCAAGGGGCCAACGCGCCGGCGUUUCCGCCCGUGGCCUACCGAGCCAACGGCAAGGCCUGGAUGACGGCGGCCAUCUUUACCGAGUGGCUCCAGAAAUUCAACGACGACAUGAAACGCAGGCGGAGGAGCGUCGUUCUUUUCCUGGUCCAGUGCGGCGCGCACCCCUACGUGGAGUUCUCCAACGUGAAGAUGUUCUUCAUGCCUCCCGGCUCUUCCCGGAUCCAUCCCCUCGAGCAAGGGGUCAUCCAGAACUUCAAGUGCAACUACCGGAGGAGGAUGCUGAUCCGCCUCCUCGUCGCGCUCGACAGCAAGGCGUCCGCGCCGACCAGCCGGCUCUCCAAGCACCUGGCCCUUUUGGACGCCAUCCAUAUGAUCGUCCAAGCCUGGUCGGAGAUCUGUCCCCAGACUGUAAAAAACGGCUUCCAAGCCGCUGGUUUUGGCUCAAACUCCCGCAUCCUAACUCCUCCAGCGGAUGUGGUUCAUGCCCUGGGCUUCAAGACCCAAGAGCAAUUUGAGCGGUUUGUAUUGGUGGACGAGGGGCUGGAGUGUUUUGGGGACCAGGAUGGGGCCGAGACGGUCAAGGACGUCCAACCAGGUCAAGAACCAACCUGUGCGACAGCAGAGGAUGAGCUGAAGAGGGAAGACCUGGCUUUGCCCCCCUGCCCCUCAAAGGCAGAAGUCAUGGAGAGUUUGGCCAAACUGAGGAGCUAUUUUGAAUGUCACUCGGUACCGUCCACCGUGUUCCAGACAUUCUACAAGCUGGAGGACAUGGUUCACGGGAUGUCUUUGGCCGAUAUGCAAGGGUUACGGAUUAAGGCCUUGAACAACAAUUGAUUCAGAGCCAGAAGAUGAACUGUAGCUCUUCAUACAAGUCGUCGGGAUUGGAUCCAGACUUAGGCGUGUCCAAAUGGGCUGGCGGAAGUGGACUUCC